AUGCCGCCGCCACGGCUGCUCUUCCUGCUCGCCAUGGUGGCGUGCGCCGCCGCGGCCACAACGCCGCCCCCCGCGUCCCCGCCCGUGGCACGCACCGCGGAGGUGCAGGCCGAGAUCGACGCGCUCCUCGCCUUCCGCGCGGCCCUGAGCGACCCCUACGCCGCCAUGUCCGGCUGGGACGCCGCCUCGCGCUCCGCGCCCUGCUCCUGGCGCGGCGUCGCCUGCUCGCCCGCCACCAACCGCGUCGUCGAGCUGCAGCUCCCGCGCCUCCGCCUCGCCGGCACCAUCUCCCCAACCCUCUCCCGCCUCCCCUCCCUCCAAAAACUCAGCCUCCGCUCCAACGCCCUCACCGGCGCCAUCCCGCCCGCCCUCUCCACCAUCCCCGCCCUCCGCACCAUCUUCCUCCAAAACAACGCGCUCUCCGGCCCCAUCCCGCCGUCCUUCCUCGCCAACCUCACCGCCCUCGACACCUUCGACGCCUCCGCCAACCUCCUCUCCGGCCCCAUCCCGCCCACCCUCCCACACGGGCUCAAGCACCUCGACCUCUCCUCCAACGCCUUCUCCGGCGCCAUCCCCGCAACCCUCCCCACCUCCGCGCCGGGGCUCCAGCGCCUCAACCUCAACGCCAACCGCCUCCGCGGCACCGUCCCGGCCUCCCUCGCCGCCCUGCAGGACCUGCAUUACCUCUGGCUCGACGACAACCUCCUCGAGGGCACCAUCCCCUCCGCGCUCGCCAACUGCUCCGCCCUGCUCCACCUCAGCCUGCAGGGCAACGCGCUCCGCGGCAUCCUCCCCGCCGCCGUCGCCGCCAUCCCCUCCCUCCAGAUCCUCGCCGUCUCCCGCAACCUGCUCUCCGGCGCCAUCCCCGCCGCCGCCUUCGGCGGCGCCAACCUGAACUCCUCGCUCCGCAUCCUGCAGCUCGGCGCCAACCAGUUCUCCAUGGUCGACGUCCCAGUCACCCUCGGCAAAGAUCUCCAAGUCGUCGACCUCGGAGGCAACAGGCUAGCCGGCCCGUUCCCGGCAUGGCUCGUCGAGGCGCAGGGCCUCACCGUGCUCAACCUCUCCGGCAACGCCUUCACCGGCGACCUCCCCGCAUCGGUCGGGCAGCUCACUUCCCUCCAGGAGCUGCGGCUUGGAGGCAAUGCUCUGACCGGCGAAAUCCCCACAGAGAUCGCCCGAUGCGGUGCCCUCCAGGUGCUUGCUCUCGAGGACAACCGCUUCUCCGGCGAGGUCCCCGCGGCUCUCGGCGGCCUCCCGCGGCUCCGGGAGGUCUAUCUCGGUGGCAACUCCUUCGCCGGCCAGAUUCCGGCAGCGUUGGGGAACCUCUCGUGGCUGGAGACGCUGUCAAUGCCCAACAACCGGCUCACCGGUGGCCUGCCCGACGAGCUCUUCCUGCUGGGCAACCUCACAGUCCUGGACCUCUCUGACAACAGGCUCGCCGGCGACAUUCCUGCUGCCGUUGGCAGCCUGCCUGCUCUGCAGAGUUUGAACUUGAGCGGCAAUGCGUUCUCGGGCCGCGUUCCGGCCACCAUUGGCAGCCUGCUGAACCUGCGGGUUCUUGAUUUCUCUGGUCUGAAGAACCUGUCGGGCGCUCUGCCGUCAGAGCUUUUCGGUUUGCCGCAGCUGCAGCAUGUGUCUCUCGCCGAUAACUUGUUCUCCGGUGAUGUUCCAGAAGGGUUCAGCAGUCUGUGGAGUCUGCGGCACCUCAACAUCUCGGUCAACUCUUUCUCGGGGUCGAUCCCGGCGACAUAUGGGUACAUGGCGUCGCUGCAGGUGCUCUCGGCCUCCCACAACCGGAUCUCUGGGGAGGUGCCUGCAGAGCUCGCCAAUUGUUCGAACCUCACCGUGCUUGACCUCAGUGACAACCGUCUGACUGGCCCAGUUCCAAGUGACCUCUCGCGGCUGGGUGAAUUGGAGGAGCUUGACCUCAGCCACAAUCAGAUGUCUGGCAAGAUACCACCAGAGAUUUCCAACUGCUCGUCGCUUGCCACUCUGAAGCUUGAUGACAACCAUCUUGGCGGCGAGAUACCGGCCUCUCUUGCCAACCUGUCGAAGCUGCAGACACUUGAUCUGUCGUCCAACAACAUUACAGGCAGCAUCCCUGUUCCAUUGGCUCAGAUUCCAGGCCUUGUGUCAUUCAAUGUGUCGCACAAUGACCUUACCGGCGAGAUACCGGCAGUGCUUGGCUCCCGCUUUGGCACCCCUUCAGCAUUUGCUUCCAACCCUGAUCUGUGUGGUCCGCCAUUGGAGAGCGAAUGCAGUGAGUACAGGCAGCACCGGAAGCGACAGAGGCUGCAGCGCCUGGCUCUUGUGAUAGGUGCAGUGGCUGCUGCUUCGCUGCUGCUUGUGUUGUUGUGCUGCUGCUGUGUGUUCGGCUUGCUGCGGUGGAGGCGCAAGUUUGUUGAGCGGCGUGAUGGUGUCAAGAAGAGGCGACGCAGCCCUGGACGAGGCAGCGGGUCAAGCGGCACAAGCACCGACAGCCAGACAAAGCUGAUCAUGUUCAAUUCCAGGAUCACCUAUGCGGACACGGUUGAGGCGACACGGCAGUUUGAUGAGGAAAAUGUGCUUAGCCGUGGUCGCCAUGGUCUCAUGUUCAAGGCUUGUUACAGUGAAGGAACGGUGCUGGCAAUCUUGCGGCUUCCUUCUACCUCAGCCGAUGGUGCCGUGGUGGUUGAGGAGGGCUCGUUCAGGAAAGAGGCUGAAAAUCUAGGCAGGGUGAAGCAUAGAAACCUCACUGUCCUGCGUGGCUACUACGCUGGGCCGCCACCGGAUGUUCGUCUGCUGGUAUACGACUACAUGCCCAACGGCAACCUCGCCACAUUGCUCCAAGAAGCGUCUCACCAAGAUGGCCACAUCCUCAACUGGCCGAUGAGGCACCUCAUCGCCCUUGGUGUCUCCCGCGGCCUUGCAUUCCUCCACCAGUCCGGGGUCAUCCAUGGAGAUGUCAAGCCACAGAACAUUCUUUUCGAUGCUGAUUUCGAGCCACACUUGUCUGAUUUUGGGCUGGAGCCAAUGGUGGUGACAGCGGGUGCCGCCGCAGCCGCCGCCGCUGCAUCUACAUCAGCUACAACACCGGUUGGUUCGCUCGGCUAUGUCGCCCCAGAUGCGGCGACUGCUGGGCAGGCUACAAGGGAAGGUGAUGUCUACAGCUUUGGCAUUGUGCUACUGGAACUGCUCACCGGCCGGCGCCCCGGCAUGUUCGCCGGUGAAGAUGAAGACAUUGUGAAGUGGGUGAAGAGGCAGCUACAGCGCGGGGCAGUGACCGAGCUGCUCGAGCCGGGUCUGCUGGAGCUCGACCCGGAGUCGUCAGAGUGGGAGGAGUUCCUGCUGGGCAUCAAGGUCGGCCUUCUCUGCACCGCCUCCGACCCACUUGACCGUCCGGCGAUGGGCGACGUGGUGUUCAUGCUCGAGGGCUGCCGCGUCGGCCCGGACAUCCCCUCCUCCGCCGACCCAACAACCCAGGCAUCACCGGCGUAG